AUGUUGUUCGACACCUAUAUCCGCUCCGUGCACUGGUUUAUGAUGGUGGUCUAUGAGUCUUCCCUGCGAGCCGAGCUGGCCGAGAUGCUGAGAUCCGGCCGCGCCCACCGUGGUCAGAAGUGCGUCUUGUAUCUCAUCGCGGUGAUUCUCGCCAUUGGCGCCGGAUAUGCUCGGGACGAAUCAGAGGUUCACGUUGACGGUCAGGGCCAUGGUCAUGGAAAAGGUCACCCUCAUGAUAAAUUGCCUGACGUCGACGUCAACAUCGACCUCACCAAGUUACAGUCACGCCUUAUCCAGACCGUCGAGGCCAAUUUCUUGGACAUGAUCGAUGUGGCCAGUGUGGCCUCGGUGCAGACGUGUAUCCUACUGAGUUCAUUUUACCUGUACAGCCACCGACCGAAACCGAAACCGAAGCGUUGUUUCAUCAUCAACGGCGCCGCCUUGAGAGCAGCCCAGGUGUUGGGUCUGCAUCGAGAGUCGACCUGGGGCGCCAUCAGCACGGUCGAAAGGGAAGUGCGCCGACGGGUCUGGUGGGCGUUGUAUGUGUGCGACGGGUUCAUGGCGUUGACGUUUGGAAGCUGCUCUUGCAUCCAAGACAACAGUUUCGCGGUCCAGAUGCCUCGCAACAUCGACGACACGUCCGACCCAUGUCCCGGAUUCGAGUCGGUUGAGAAUGAGCAGUUCGAAGAUGGAACCUGCGAUCGCGUCACCACCCUGACAUAUCACAGACUCAAAUUCAAGCUGUACCGCAUCGGCUCUUCGAUCACCCGAGACGUCUAUUUCCACGAGAGCCGGACCCGGCGGUCCAUGGCCGAGAGGGUGAAGAAAGCCCAUCGAGCCCUGCUCGAGUGGGAAGAAAGUGUGCCGCUGGAAUUGAGACCGAGCACGUUUCUUGGCAGAGACGGAGACAGAGGCAGAGGCAGAGACAGGCCAGGAGUGUCAGAGGCGGAGUCGGAGUCGGACCUGGAUGCAAGGGCGUCCAGGUCCACUACCACUACCACCAUCUUCCGUCUGCAAGCACUCUCCCUGCAGCUGUCGUACGACAGUAUCCAAGUGAGUCUCCACAAGCCACUUUUGGUGUACAGCAAGAUCCCAGGGGUGCCGGUGAGAGAUGGAGAGACCUACUUGCCGGCUGGGGUGGGAAUGGGGGUGGAGGUAGGGGUGGAGGUAGAGGCGGAAGGCCAGCACAUCGACCUCGAAGAAAGCAGAGACCAAUGCCUCCGGUCGGCCAUGCGCACUUCUCGAAUGGACGAAUACCCAGCCACGCUCCGACAGGCGCGAAACACCCAUGUGGCCGGAUACAUUGCGAUCCAGGGCUUCGGGGCCGGAGUCAUGCUGGUCAUCUUCGCGCUGUCGCAGCCGUUGUCGGCCGCGGCCCAGGAGGCCAAGCAGGGACUCGGCCGACUGAUCAAAUUGCCCAACCACUUUGGCUGCUCGACCGCCAUCCUCGAACAGAGCGGCCGUAUCUUGGAGAAAUUGCUCAGAGUCAUCCUGGCCCAAGAGCUGAGACUGUUGACUACGGCGGACGAGGGGCGAGAGGUCGAUAUUCCUCUCAGGCGGUUCAGUCGGGCUAGGGCUGCAACAGUUACGCAGGGGGGUAUACCUGCCGCAGCAGUGACUCAGGGCGCAGGGGGUGCAGCAGCAAUCACCCAGAGGGCAGGGAGUGGUUUGGUAACGAAUGCAAAUGCAACUUCAGCAAGGGCAAUGGCAAUGACAGUGGCCAGUGGCACGACCACGACCGCGAAUGUAUCAGCGCCCUUGACCUCCACCUCCACCUCUACAAUCGGUGCAGCGACCCACGCUGCUUUCCCGCCGGAGAGCUGCUUGCAUAGUCUUCAUGACGACCUUAACUUCGACUUUGGCCCUUCCUCAACCUCAACCUUUCCUCAGCCGUGCUCCCACGACUGGGAGGGUGUGUCGCUCCACAAUCACAGUCACAAUCAUAGUCACAGUCAGCAACCCACCAGCACUGGCACUGGCACCGGUACCGGUACUGGCGUAUCAGACUAUUGGACUUGGUCUCGGACUCGGACACCGAGUCAAUACGACACAUUUCAUGGCGGCAGUAUUCUCGGCUUGCUGGAAGACCCGGGACAAUCUUGGUUAUGGGAUGACUCGUUCGUCACGUAA